CAAAUUUCCUAUUCAAGUAAAAAAAUUCUCAAAAUGGUUGGAAUUUGGUCUAUGAUACGCGAGAUAGACCAGACUAAAACGACCUGGGCCAUCAAAGCUAGGGCUGCAAGGGUAUAUCGUGAGCCUGCCCACGAUGGCUUUCCGCCAUCUCUGGAAGUGAUCUUUCAUGAUGCAGAGGUUCGUAUAUUCUAAUUAGUACUGAACAUGUUUUUACCCUCAUUCGUAACAAUUUUUUUUGUAUAACAGGGCUCAAAGAUUCACGCUCACGUGCCUGAUCAAUCAAUUUGUUGUCAAGUUUCACGCCUUAUUUAAGGAGGGUCAUAUCUUUGCAGUUAAAAAUUUCAUGGUGGAAGAAAACUUUAUGGUUUUCAAAACAACAACAAGUGCUUACAGGCUAAGAUUUUUUUAAAAAAGUGAGGCAUUUGAGAUGAAAAUUCCAUUUCCAUUGAAGACAUUUUCAUUGGUGUCCUUUUCUACUCUACAUGCACAAGACACUAUAGAUGAUAGAGCGACAAUCUGUAUGUUUUGGGCAUUAAAAGAAACGAUAAUUGGUGUUCCUUAUAUGAUAUGAAAUGCUAAAAAUAAACGACGAUGCAAAUAUCAUUGGCCAGGUUGUCCAUGACAAAGACCCUAAAACGAUUCUAAAGAAUGAUCGUCCCAAGAAACUGAUUGAGCUCAUCUUGGGAGAUACUGAGUUAGUAAAAUUUAACAUUAUAAUAACGUUGUAUCACAUUAUUUGUUUAUUCUCCUUAUCAAAUCAUGUUUUGCAAGGGGAAAUGUAAUCGCAUGCAUACUGUGGGGUCCUAUGGUAGAUAUGUUGGUCACCUACAAACUAACCACAACAGAACCAAUAGUCAUGCUUCUGCAAUGCUGCAGAGCAAGAAAAUACCAAGGUGACCAUCAUCUGACUUCUUAAUAUCAAGAGAGUAAAACUGUUGAGCACUAAAUUCAUACUUUUGUGGGUUUACAUUUUCAUACUAACGGAUAGAUUGACCUUAGGUCAAGUGCAUGUGUCAAAUAUGUUUAACACCACCAAAAGUCAUUAUGAAUGGUUCGGAAGAAGUAUUCAAUGAUUUUAAGGCGAGGUAAAGAGCUUAGAAUUUUACAGUAUUUUAGAGCCUGGUGUAAUGUGAUGAUUCUCGCAAACAAUCAAACACUUUUUACACAGAAUGGCUAAAAGGUGUGGGGAGGGUUUAAGCUUUACAAUAUCUUCGGAUACCUCCAACGAAGGAGACAUUAGCUGCGGACAGAUCGAACUGGUCACUAUUGACCAGCUGACAAGAAUGGAGGAGGAUGGCAAACACUGGGUCUAUGGAGAGAUUGCUGGAAUAGACAGCCACAGAGACUGGUCUUACGUUUCUAGCAUUGGAUGUAACCGCAAAGUGACGCCCAAUGGUGACACUUUUCAGUGUUUAACUUGCAACACUUCUGAUGCAGUCCUUCGAACAUCGCAUGCAUCAUUCACGCUGUGGGAUAGGGAAGUUUCGUGUCUGAUAGGUCGUUCUGCUUCGUAUUUGAAGGAACAAGUAGCCAAGAGAAAUUUUGGCCCCCACUACUUCCCUUCGGAGAUCAAUGCCCUGAUGGAUAUUAGGGCACUGUUCCGUGUGCAAUGCAAGAUGGACUCCCGGAACCACAAGGGCAACCAAACCUUCAGUGUGCUUAGAAUGAAUACUGAUCCUAGGGUUAUAUCCCUUUAUGUUUCUGAGAUAAGCGCAGCCGAGGUUUGUACAUAACUGACUAUUUGCAGUUUUAAGACACCUAAACUUCCUGCAUAUAUUAUGACACAAGCAUUUGUUUUUGAAAUGUUUAGGAUGAGGAUGAGUUUGCCCUGUUGAGGAAGGAGUUUUGUGGCACAGAGAAUGUUAAUCUUCAUUUUUUUGUCCUUCAAAAAUUAAAACAAAUGGUUCCUAAGACAUUCAACUAACAACUUUGUCCUUAAUCUUUAGGUUGGGUCAUCCCAGUGUGUCAAUUCAACAAGCCCACCACUGCUGAGCAAGGAAAAGAGGAUUGCGCUUGAAAUCAAUGGAGAAAAAUUGAAGAAGAAUCUGUUUGGAGAGUCUUCUUCUACAGUCCCAAUGAAGAAAAUGAAGGGCAUAAAGAUCGAGGAGCCUAAGCCUUGAGGUUUACCAAUUCCAGAGAAGAUAUAUGUGGUUUGCAGGAGGGAGUGCUAUAUAUUAUGGGUGCCUAGAGUUCAAUGCACCUAAGUUAUGAAGACAACUAAAUAAAACUUCCUCUCGUUGUUGUGUCCUAUCUAUGUUUUGUUCAGUAUGUUGGUCCUAAGUAGUAUCAAUGUAAUAAAAGGUCACAACCAGAAAAUGUUGCUAGAAGACAAAAUACUAACACUAUCACAAGUGUUCGGCUGUCUUCUGCAUUUUUUGUAUUUUGGAUUUUGUAAUUGGUUCGCACAUUUUAACCGAAAGUGUGCUCUGGCUGUAACUCAAUUGAUCUAAUGAUAUAUAUUAAGUAUCUAAUGUUAAUUUA